CCCGCCCUCCUCCUCCGAACAGUCGGCCGGGCUCCCCGCCCCUCGCCGCCGCUUACUUAACCUGGCCCACAGCGGCGGCGCGCUCACUUCCCCGGCUCUGCGCUCACGCCCGUCCGCUCCACGGCUCUCCGAAUGCGGCUGCUGCCCCUCGCCCUGGCGCUGGCCCUGGCGCCCGCCACCGUCCUGGCGGGACCCGCCAAGACGCCUUACCAGUUGGUGCUGCAGCACAGUCGGCUCCGGGGCCGGCAGCACGGCCCUAAUGUGUGCGCUGUGCAGAAGGUCAUCGGCACCAACAAAAAGUACUUCACCAACUGCAAGCAGUGGUACCAGAGGAAGAUAUGUGGCAAGUCCACCAUCAUCAGCUAUGAGUGCUGCCCUGGCUAUGAGAAGGUCCCUGGAGAGAAGGGCUGCCCAGCAGCCCUGCCCUUGUCCAAUCUUUAUGAUACCGUGGGCGUCGUGGGCUCAACCACCACUCAGCUGUACACGGACCGCACGGAUAAGCUGAGGCCAGAGAUGGAGGGGCCUGGCAGCUUUACCAUCUUCGCCCCCAGCAAUGAGGCCUGGGCAGCCCUGCCAGCUGAAGUGCUGGAUUCGUUGGUCAGCAACAUCAACAUUGAGCUGCUUAAUGCCCUUCGCUACCAUAUGGUGGGUAGGCGGGUGCUGACAGAUGAGAUGAAGCACGGCAUGAGUCUCACCUCCAUGUACCAGAACUCGGACAUCCAGAUCCACCACUAUCCCAAUGGGAUUGUCACUGUCAACUGUGCACGGCUGCUGAAAGCUGACCACCAUGCCAACAAUGGCGUGGUACACCUUAUCGACAAGGUCAUCUCCACCAUCACCAACAAUAUCCAGCAGAUUAUUGAGAUUGAGGACACCUUUGAGACCCUGAGGGCUGCUGUAGCCGCGGCAGGACUCAACACUGUGCUUGAAGGAGAUGGCCAGUUCACGCUCCUGGCCCCAACCAAUGAGGCCUUUGGAAAGAUCCCAACUGAGACUUUGAACCGGAUUCUAGGCGACCCAGAGGCCCUGAGAGACCUGCUGAACAACCACAUCCUGAAGUCGGCCAUGUGUGCCGAGGCCAUCGUGGCAGGCCUGUCCAUGGAGACCCUGGGGGGCACUACACUGGAGGUAGGCUGCAGUGGGGACAUGCUCACCAUCAAUGGCAGAGCCAUCAUCUCCAAAAAAGACAUCCUGGCCACCAACGGUGUGAUCCACUUCAUCGAUGAGCUGCUCAUCCCAGACUCAGCCAAGACGCUGUUUGAAUUGGCUGCCGAAUCCGAUGUCUCCACCUCCGUGAACCUUUUCCGCCAGGCCGGGCUAGGCACGCAUCUCUCCGGAAGUGAGAGCUUGACUCUCCUGGCCCCCCUAAAUACUGUCUUCAAAGAUGGGAUCCCUCCUGCAGAUGCCCCUACCAAGAAUUUGCUUCUCAAUCACAUAGUAAAAGAUCAGCUGGCCUCCAAGUACCUAUACCAUGGGCAGACUCUGGAAACCCUAGGAGGCAAAAAGUUGAGAGUGUUUGUGUAUCGUAAUAGCUUGUGCAUUGAGAACAGCUGCAUUGCCGCUCAUGACAAGAAGGGGCGCUAUGGGACACUAUUCACCAUGGACCGGGUGUUGACGCCUCCUAUGGGAACUGUUAUGGAUGUCCUGAAGGGUGACAGGCGCUUCAGCAUGCUGGUGGCUGCCAUACAGUCUGCGGGGCUGACAGAGAUGCUCACCCGAGAAGGGAGUUACACUAUCUUUGCUCCCACGGAUGAAGCCUUCCAAGCCAUGCCUCCUGAAGAAUUGAACAAGCUCUUGGGCAAUGCCAAAGAACUUGCCAACAUCCUCAAGUACCACAUUGGAGAUGAAAUCCUGGUCAGCGGCGGCAUCGGGGCCUUAGUGCGACUGAAGUCUCUGCAAGGUGACAAGCUGGAAGUGAGCUCAAAAGACAACAAAGUGUGUGUCAACAAGGAGCCCGUGUCUGAGGUUGACAUCAUGGCCACGAAUGGUGUAGUCUAUGCCAUCCCCAGUGUCCUGCAGCCCCCAGCCAGCAGACCUCAGGAGAGAACGGAUGAGCUCGCAGACUCUGCACUCCAGAUCUUUAAGCAGGCAUCCUUGUAUUCCAGGGUAGGAAUCUUGUGUGGGCACACAAAAGGGGUGGGAGCUGUAGAAAAGCAUCUUCCCAGUGGGCAAAAUGUUGAGGAGAACCUGGAAGAUGGACCUUCGCUGCCCAGGCAGCAAGAGCUGCCUAAGCAAUUGCAGGCCCAGGAGACUGUGGGGAGCUCACAGAAUCCUCUUCUGACUGCCGUGGAAACCAAUACACAGUGCUUUCUCCACACAGAUACUACACCAUGCCAGUUCACUGCAGGGCUUCCUGCUGUCCUGGGAGCCACUGUCAGUGUGUGGACAGUGGGGCUGACAUGGAAGGGUGAGGAGCUGGGCACAGAAUGUAGCAGACAGAGCACUGCAGAAUCUGGCCAAUGCUGGAGAGCUUCCCGUGGCUGGAGUGGAAAGAGUCCCUCCUCUGUGGAACCAUCUGGAAACCAGACAGUGCUGGGCCUUCCACUGCAACCCUUGGGCCUGGAGCCCCAGCCCUCCUUCCAUGCCCUGUGCUUACAUCAGCACAGCCCUGAAAACUGCAUCGAAAUCAGUUCCUGCUUCCUCUUCAGCUUCACUAGUGAGGGUGGAGCUGCCUGCUUCAAGGGUCUCAUCAAAGAGAGGGCCUGGUAG